UCAUAUUCUUUAAUCAAAAUAAUUCCAAAUAAUUUUAAAAAAUGCACACAUCAGAAUUAGAAAUCUUAUAAACCCUAGGGACGUGUGCAGCCUCCUGACCCCAUUGAUGAGCUUCCCUCCAUUUUUCAACACAAUUUGAAUCUAUCUCUCUCUCUCUCUCUCUCUCUCCCCUCACUUUCUCUCUCUACACACUGUCACUGGUUCGUCUCAUUUAAUUCAGAUGAGGAAGAAGAGGAAGGACGACCACUAUCCCUUCUUUAAAACCCUAAACAUUCUCCCCCCUUUCCGUUAUUCCAAGACCCGCCACAUCCGCAUCGCCGACAUUCUCGUUGAUGAUGAAUUGCAAUCCGAAACCGACGGCUACGAUUGCUCCGGAGACUUCAAUAUGGUUGGACACCCACUCCACCUCCCCGAGGACGACGACGACGACGACAGAUUCAUGGCCUUACAGUGGUCCUCCCCGCGCCGUAUCAUUUCCCGAUUUUUGUCGACUCUGAAGCGAGGCAAACGGAGGCGAUGCGACGCCACACGGAGCCAGAAGAGACCGAAAGAGGUUGCAACGACGGAGAGGGAGACUGGAGACGAGUCAACGCACGCCACCUGUUCGACGAAUGGAUUGAACGGCGGUGGCGAGGAAACAGAACCAAGACAGAUUGUGAAAGAUACGAGCUCAGUCAAUUUGGGAGUUGCGUGCGGUUUGGUGUAUCUGAUUGUCGCCAGUAAAAAUGAGCUUGCAAAGACGGCGGAGUUGCGGGCGGAGAUGGAGCAGUUGCUUCAAAAUGCAAAAGAGGAAUUGCAGAGCAAGAAUUCGCGUUUCGCUUCCAGGCCGGUGGAGUCGAAUGAGAUGAAUUUUGCUUCUUCCACAACCGAUCUCCAACAGGCUUCGAGUUCGAGCUCUGAGAGCCGGUUUUCACUUCGAUCUGGCAUGGGUCGGGAAGUGUGCUCGGAAUAUGUUAGAAAUGGAGAAGGGGAAGUAGAAAGGGAAUGCGUGGAGGGAAUGGAUGAACUCGAGGCAGAGCUUGAAGCGGAGUUGGAACAAUUGCAGCUCCGCUUAGAAUUGGAUUCGGAAAAUCAUUCAUCCAAUUCUAACUACCCGCAGCAGCAAAGAUUAAAGGCUGUUCAAGACACAGCUCAUGGAACAGGCGAUGACGGUAUCUCAGAUUUUGGAGAAGAAAUCGACACUCAUGAAGCAGCACCAGCAGAUUAUAACGAAAUGCCCUGUGACUUCAGAGUACCUGCACUCGAACUCGAGAGAAGGCUGCACGAACUGCUGGAAGCAAGUCAGGAAGAACGGAUAAAGGAACUCGAAGUUGCAUUAGAGUACAUGAAGGACAAGCUUCACGAGAAGGAAAUGGAGGUUUCGUGGUGGAGACAAAAUGCGUCUGCAGCACUAACAUCGCACCACCAUCUAGAUCCUUCAUCGUCGGGUGCUUCCCAGCGCAGUUCGGAGAGUACAUUUCACUUGUUUAGGGGAGUCUUCAUACCGACAGCAGUAACACCAAAGCACGAUUUGAGGCUUCCCACGGAUGAAAAUUUGCUCAGCCAGGGGACAUUGGGCCAAAGAUCUAAAAUUUCAGUUCACACCUCUUCUCUAAACGCUGCUGCUGCAAGUAAUGCAAUUGGAUGUGAAGGAGCCCGCAUAAUGUUGUUUGGGCUUUGGACACAAUUUUUUUUUUUGUCAGAAGGUGUUAGGUACGGUGGUAUCAAGCACAAAACUUCGGUCCAGGUACAUACGCUUUAAACUGUUUGGGCUAUAAAUUCUUUAAGAACAUAAUAUAAUAUUUGAAUGAUCUAAUUGGGAAUAACAUUUCUUAUGAGUAGUCGGUGGAUUGUACAGUUGGGUAACAGACCGCUCACAUCUUAUAAGACGCACUGAAAGGUCAUUUGAAAAUAAAAUUUAAAAAAAAUUAGAGACCAGUUGAUGUUACAUAUGCUGUGACAUAGACAUAGUCUUAGUUUCAAAUCUGAGAUUUCAGUUUCAAACUACAGCAUCUUUAGCAGUUGGGAAGUAAAUGGAUUUAAAAUGUGACUUAGCAUACAAACAACACAUGUAAUAUAAUUUGGGUCUAUAAUAUUAAGGUUUAUGGUGGUACAAUAAUUGGAUGAUUUCGCUUAGAAGCUUCCCCCGAUAUAUAAUUUCUAUGACACCGUCAUAUCGUUAUUUUAAUGUCUCAUGCAAUGAUAAAAUUAUGUACAUGAAAUUUUCUAACUCCAACCCACUAUUCAACUAAUUCUUCAAGUUUUAUCGUUUACUUUACAAUAUCUUAACUUUGUUUUAUUUUGUGGUGUCCAAUUUUUAUUUUGAAACACUUUAUUAAAAUCUCUUCUCCAUAUUUGAUUACACUGAAAAAUCUCUCGUCACUGUUCCAAUCAUUGUGUUCUAUGUUUUUAUUUUAUUUUUUUAGUUUUUAUCACAAGUAGUCUCUAAAACACUUUAUUAAAAUCUCUUAUGCAUUUUCGAUUACACUAAAAAUCUCUCGUCACUGUUCCGAUCAUUGUGUUCUACAUUUUUAUUUUAUUUUUUAGUUUUUAUUACAAGUAAUCUCUGAAGUUGACCCAUACCAUCAUGAUGAUUCUUGAAAAUGAAAAUCAAUCAAUGUAGUAUCUAAAUACGAGUCUCUCAAAUCAAUGAGGUCUUUUCAAAUUCCGUUAAACUAUAUGUUAUUAUGCUGAUAUGACACAUAUAUGGACUUACAAGUCUAUUAAAUGUUGCCACAUGUGUGCAACAUUUAAUAGACUAGUAGGUACACAUAUAUGCCACAUCAGCAUAUUAACAGAUAUUUUGACAGAAUUUUAACGAAAAUACUACAUUGAUUUGCGACACUCAUAUUCAAAGACUACGUUAAUUGGUUUUCAUUUUUAAAGAUCAUCAUCAUGAUAAUAUGGGUCAAUUUAGAUUAUGACUAGCAUAUGGGUACACAUAAAGUAUGUGAGAAAAUUUAUUAUUUUUGUUUUUGAAGUAGAAGGAGAGAGGAAGAGAGUGAUAGAGAAUGUGGGACUACGAAGUUUUUUUAUUUUAUUUUAUUUUUUUAAAUUAGAGAUAUGUUAGGAUUAUAUGUAGGUGAGGCUUUAAAAAAAACAAAAUUUAGUUGUGUUAAAUUACAUUGAUGCCUCAUAUUUCUUAUUCAUGCUCUGUUUUAAUUAAAAGAUUAAACUGGUAAUUUUGGUUGACAAUGAAUGUUUUAUUAAUUGGUAGAGAUAAUAAUUUUUUUUUAUUUUGUUAUGAUUGAAUAUCCGACUUCUUGUUGACUCUACAGUCUACAUAUCCAACGGUUGAGAGAGAGGGACCGUGCCUUGACGUCGACGGUUAAAAUUCGGUGAACCCGCGUGUGACCCUUGCAGCUGGCCCCCACUAACCGAGAAAGGCGCCGUGCAAUCACGUCGCGACACGUUAUGGCUAGAUUCCCACGCUGAACAAUCACGUCACCGCGUGUACGCAAGUGGUCCCCCACCCCCUCCCGCUCUGUUUUUCCGUCAGCUUAAAAAACCCUCCAUCACCACCUCUUCCCUCUCAUUCCCACUAAGCAAAGAUUCCAAAUUUUCCUUUCCGCUCUUUCUAACUUUCUGUUUGUUUCCCGAGAAAA